CAACAAAACCUCGCAGCCGAGCUCGGUGACGAUGCGGACGACGACAGUCAAGCCGUCGCUCCAGGGGACCGUCCGCCCCUGAUACAACGAGCGACGAGGGCAUCCAGCGCGAAAUGCCCGAGUUGGGAUUCGAUGCCGAACGUCUCGUGGGAAACCUUUCCAUUCGACUAG